AUGGAAGAUUCAGAGGAGGAUGAGCUUUUGAAUCUUAGCCUUUCAGUUGCUGCCGAUAGGGAAAGGAAAAAGAAGGGAAAGGUAAUUAGGGAACAUAACGUUUCUAUGAGCAGUACUACUACUAGAAACUCCUAUGAAAGCUAUGAAGGGAAGAUCUUUAGGCUUCUCCAAAUGAGGGAGCAGAUGCUAAGACAAGACCAUAGGAGGAAAGGAGUUGUAGAAGAUGGGAAUGGCCUCCCUUUGAUCCAUUUGCUGCUCUCAACUGCCACUGCUGUUGAUGACAACAACUUGGAUUCAUCCUUAGAGAAUCUCACUGAUUUAUACCAAACUGUUUCCCUAACAGGUGACUCCGUUCAGCGUGUGGUGGCCUAUUUUGCUGAUGGUUUGGCCGCAAGGCUUCUCACAAGGAAAUCCCCAUUCUAUGACAUGCUCGUGGAGGAACCAACAACUGAGGAAGAGUUCCUUGCAUUCACAGAUCUCUACAGGGUUUCACCUUACUACCAAUUCGCUCAUUUCACAGCAAACCAAGCUAUCUUGGAGGCCUUCGAGAAAGAGGAAGAGAGGAACAACCGUGCUUUGCAUGUCAUUGACUUUGAUGUCUCCUAUGGCUUCCAAUGGCCCUCUCUCAUUCAGUCUCUUUCAGAGAAGGCAACCACUGGCAACCGCAUAUCCCUCAGGAUAACGGGAUUUGGGAAGAACCUGAAAGAGCUUCAAGAAACUGAGUCUAGAUUGGUUAGUUUCUCAAAGGGUUUCGGCAGUCUUGUGUUUGAAUUCCAAGGCCUGCUAAGAGGCUCAAGGGUCAUCAACCUAAGGAAGAAAAAGAAUGAAACGGUGGCUGUCAACUUGGUUUCUUAUUUGAACACUUUGAGUUGUUUCAUGAAGAUCUCUGACACGUUGGGAUUUGUUCAUUCCCUUAACCCCUCCAUUGUUGUGCUGGUGGAGCAAGAGGGUAGCAGGAGUCCUAGGAGCUUCUUGUCAAGGUUCACGGACUCCUUGCACUACUUUGCAGCCAUGUUUGAUUCCCUGGAUGAUUGCCUCCCACUAGAGAGUGCUGAGAGGUUGAGAAUUGAGAAGAAGCUUUUGGGGAAAGAGAUCAAAAGCAUGCUCAACAAUGAUGUGGAUGGUGUGGAUUGCCCAAAGUAUGAGAGGAUGGAAACAUGGAAAGCAAGAAUGGAGAAUCAUGGGUUUGCUGCCACCAAAAUAAGCUCAAAGUCUAUGAUCCAAGCGAAACUGUUGCUGAAGAUGAGGACCCAUUAUUGUCCUCUCCAGUUUGAGGAAGAAGGAGGUGGGGGUUUCAGGGUUUCUGAAAGAGAUGAAGGAAGGGCUAUCUCUUUAGGGUGGCAAAAUAGGUUUCUGCUGACCGUCUCAGCAUGGCAAUCAGUCUGA